CCCUAUUUCCUGUCACAUGGGUUGGAAAUAGGAUCCCUGUUUUCUACUAUCUGGUCUCGUCUUUGUGGUGUCAGUGUAGUAGUAGCUGCAGGACCUGCCUUGAAGUUCAGGGACUUUUAACGCCGUCCAAAGUGCGACUCCUGCGCAGACCCAGACAGCCAGACGAGCACAGCCAGUCCAGCAGCCCGCCGGCCGGUCCGCGCAUCCGUCCGUCCGUCAGGCUGCUCUUCACCUGAGAGCCGCUCAAGACUCUUUAACCCACACGAUGGAUUCCUGGACGGUCACCUCUGCUCUUCUGCUCGCUGGGUUUAUUUCCUCUGCAGCUUUUAGUCAUUUCGACACCGAGUGUUACACAGCGAACGGAGAGGACUACAGGGGUUUCCAGAACCAGACCAGCCUGCAUGGUGGUAAACCCUGCCUCUUCUGGAAUGAGACCUUCCAGCACCCGUACAACACCCUCAAAUACCCGAAUGGAGAAGGAGGUCUGGGCAGCCACAACUACUGCAGGAACCCUGAUGGAGACGUUCAGCCGUGGUGCUACAUUGCCGAUCACGAAGACGGGAUCUACUGGAGAUACUGUGACAUCCCUACAUGCCAGAUGCCCGGAAACCUGGGCUGCUUCAAAGACAGCGGUGACCCUCCGACUCUGUCCGGCACCAGCCAAACCUCCAACAAGCUCACCAUUCAGAACUGCAUCAGCUUCUGCAGGAGGCAAAGAUACAAGCUCGCUGGUAUGGAGUCAGGAUACGCUUGUUUCUGCGGCAAUGAAGUGGACCUUCACGACCACGGCGAGUCGCCCAGCAUGGAGUGCAACCACGUCUGCUUCGGCGACCACACGCAGCCCUGCGGAGGAGACGGCUGGGUCAUCAUCUUUGACACCCGAGUGGGGGCGUGCGGUGGGAACUACACCUCUCCAUCGGGAGUCAUCUACUCCCCCGACUUCCCCGACAAAUAUGGCGCUGGCCGUGUUUGCUACUGGACUGUGCAGGUCCCCGGAGCCUCCGCCAUCCUCUUCAACUUCACCUUCUUUGACAUCUCCGACCAGACCGACAUGGUGGAGCUACUGGACGGCUACACCAACCAGGUGGUGGCUCGCUUCGACUGGCGCAGUCCACCGCGGGAGCUGCUGAACGUCACAGGCGACUUCGUCAUACUGUACUUCUACUCGGAUCGCACCAACCAGGCCCAGGGAUUUGCUCUUCUCUACCAAGCGCUCCGGAGCCAAGACACCACAACAGAGGCUGAAGGAGAUGAGGAGGAUGAGAGGGAGGACGUCUCCAGCACGACGGGGCCCCAGCUGCCUGCCGGCGUCACCGAGAGAUCCAACAGCACGUCGAACGGACAUUCCUCCCAGAUCCUCUAUGUGAUCACGUCCAGCCCCGGUAAACCGGAGCACAACAUGCCAGGUCAGUGGGCUGGACGCGGCGAGACCACCGGCCACAGCGCUAUGUGGACCAUCUACGCUCUGGCUGCUCUCCUCAUACUGACCGUCAUCGCCAUGGUGGCAAAGCUGCUGCUGCACGUCACAGUCAAGUCCCCGAACAUCCCGACGGUCAGCGGGUCGGACAGCUGCAGUCAGAGCACGGCGUCCUCUGAGCCGUGGAUCAUCCUGUACCGGCCCUCCACCAUCUCCCUGUUCAAGAAGAAGCUAAAGAACCACCACGGCGACCUCAGCCCUCUGGUGGGCAACUAGCGCUCCUGCUGCGCUCCACCUUUUCAAGCCAAACGUUUCCGCCACCCACAGCUACUCCGUAUGGGGGCCGUCAGACUGCAGGCCCUCGGACAAUGAAAACUCUAUGAGGCGCUACGCCAACGAGCCCACGAACUGAGCGGCUCAUGACGACUGAUUGAGUGAACUGCUGCUAAUGGGCCCGAGCGGCGCGGCGGCAGGGCACCUCCGGUUCCUGCUCAGCAGCAGAGGAGCAGGCGGGGCUGUCGCUGGUGUGGGAGAGGAGAGCAAAAGAUUGGAUGGAGGAAGAUCCGCAGCUCCACUGGCAAACGUACAAGGACGCUUUUAACAUGCAGAAAGCCAUUUGCAUCACCCACGGAUGUCCCUACCAAUCAACAUACCUCCAAAAAAGAACAAAAAAUAAAUAAAUACGCACCCUCCACACUGCAGCGAAAAACAGCCAGGAGCAGAAUAAGGACUUGCUCAGUUCAGUGGCGACCUUCAUCAGCAUCAAGGAGAAGAUAAAGAAGUGGAGUCUUUGAUAAACACACACAUUUAUGCUGUAACAGUUUUGUAUAACUCUUCUAACUGCCUCAUACGGAUGACGAACACUCGCAGCCAAAAUCCUCCCAUCCAAAGAGUUGUGUAUUUAUUUGUCUUUUCAAUUCUGUAUGCAAAGUGCGAAACCUUUUUUGUGUGUGUGUGUGUGUGUGUGUGUGUGUGUGUGUGUGUUUUGAUGUGUUUUACGUGACAGCUAGCUUUCUGUGGGAGACGCGAAAAAGACGUCACUCGGAAGGUAGAUAUCACAGCACUUUGGAGAUGAAUCACUCGCCGCAAAAGAUCAGAGAACAAGAGCAGAAGCGCCCACUCGUUCGCUCAUGGAUUCGGGUGGAGAGGAGCAGUAGCUUCAUGCAGUGGGGUGGUGGGGGGGGAGUUGGGUGGCACAGAUUGCAGACAAACUGCCAUUUAGGGAGGCACGGGGAAGAUCUGAGGGCUUUUUUUCUGCUCGCUUGUGGGUGGGAGUCUUUCCGGUUUGAUGGUUGUUCAAGUGCCUUAAGGAUCUCCUCUUCCCUUGUCUCAGAUUCCUCACAUCUGUUUCUUUCACAAAGCGGACUGAGGUCCCUCACAAAGGUCUGCACUUCUUCACGGUCACAGCAGAUAUGAAGAGUUUCAUUCCAAAACAAGACUUGUGUGUAAAAAACAAAACAAAACAAAAACUCGCCCGUUCUUGUCCAGCGACUGAAAGCGUUAAUCUUUCUACCAACAGUCACAACUGAACACAUCUCCACUGGAUCUUUUACAUUUUUGAUACAUGAUGGACAUGAAAUGUUUUGAUUAUCUUUUUUUUUUUUCUCCCUACAAUGACCACAUUUGGAUUAGAACUCUUCAUAUAAUGACAGACGAGGCUUUAAAAGAAAUGUUUGUUUCUAAUUUGUGUGCUCUUAUGUGUAGUCUUGGACAUUUACUGAACAUAUUGUUCACAUUAAGUUGUCUUUUGAUUGGGGGGCGGGGGGCGGAGGGGGGAUGAAUGCUGUUGUAUAUUAUGUAAUUCAGUGUGGAAAUAGUGAUAUUUAUGACCGUUCUUUCAUUUUGUUUCUCGGCAAAGCAUUUGAGAGACCCGUCAAAGUAUUUUUUUUGUUUUUUGUUUUUUUUUUUACUUUCUCAUCAACUUAGCUCAGAGGUGGAAUGCAUUUUUUUCCCCUUCGACAGCAGCCGAAGCUCAAGCUUUUACUUGUCACAUAGAUUUCAGGCCAAAAGGUUGAGUGAGAACAAUAUGCCCAGACAGAGAUGCAACUGAAAAAAGGCAGUCGGUGGUGCUGCUCACCAACUGACAGCGGCUUUGCAGCUGUAACAGUUUUCUGUGCGCUGCUGUGACAUUUUAACUACUUGUGAAAGGUCAAAAUGUACUAGUGCACCAUUGGCAUAGUAAUUGGCUUUUCCUCUUGUGGGACUGGAGGUUUGAGGAGGUUUUUCUGGAGUUGGUUGCCCCGAAUAUUUUCUCACUGGCAGGAUAAAUAAAGAAAACUUUGAUGCACUUAAUUUAGCUUCUGCUUUCAAGAUGAAACAGUACUUAUUUGCUUUGUAAUGUACUUGUGCAGCAACCUGAGCACUUGAAACUAAAGGUCACAUUUCACGCAUGAUGCAGCUUCGCAGUGACAUUCAAGCCAAACGAUUUCUGCUUUUCAAGAAAAUAGACAGAAUUUGAGGGCCAUAAAGCGAUGAAGAACUAUUGUUUCCCAAGCAGAAGUUUGUAAAAAAAAAAAAGAAGUGACUCUGUGCUAUAUUCUGCCUGUCUGCUCAACUGUAACUCAUGUUAAUUAUUGCAAGGCAAGAGCACAUGCCCCUGGGUCUGUGAUGUUCAGAGCAGACCAUGCGUGGAGAGGGGGAGAGAAAAAAAAAAAGCGUAGAUGUGAGAGCGAUGGGAAAUUAAUGUGCGUUCAAAUCAAACACAAGCUAACGAAAUCUGACAGUCAAAAUCUAACAAGGGCAUAUUUGUUUGGAUAGCCUGGUGAAUUAUGCAAACUCCCAUUUUCUGUCCCGUCCUCCAGUCAAUCGGAAAAUUCCACGCUAUCUGUCUUUUCCCCAACUGUAGUCGAUGUGAAUGUCCUGUAGUGCUCGAUGGCAUGAAAACAACACCAGAAGCCCUGUGGGAAACCGUCACGAGGGGGCCAAAACAUUGUUUUCAUGAAAUUGUAAAUAGCAAAAAAAAUAGUGAAAAUUUUAAUUUAUACAGUAAAUUAUUGUUAUUUUGUAUGUGAAUGGGAUAUAAUCUAUCUUUUGUAUAAGUGAAGUAUCUUUGUAGUUUUAUUUAAUGUGUCCUGGUUGCAAAAUAAACACUGUAUGCAUGUUUCUUAA